ACGCUCCGGCAGGGUGAAAGGCUCCCCCGUUCAACAAUGUCGAUCCCUCCCCCUUCUAGAUCCGAUAGUGGCAACCCAUCCCCCGUCUAGAUCUGGCAGCGGCAACCCAUCCCCCGUCCGGAUUCGGCAGCGGAAACCCAUCCCCCGUGCUGAUCCGGCAGUGACAACCCAUCCUUCAUCCAGAUCCGGCAGCGGCAACACAUCAUUAUCAAGGAUGAACAAUACUGAGGGUACACAAGGUGAAAAGCGGAAAGGAACACCAAACAAAAGAUGGACAAAAGAAAUGGAUAAUGUUUUGAUACCAUUACUUGCAGACAUGGCAAGAAGUGGCCUGAAAGUUGAUAAAUCCUUCAAACGUCAGGCAUUUGUAGAUGCAGCGAAUGUUGUGAAUAGUAGGUUCCCUACUGCCUCCAUGGAUGCUGAUAAUGUGGAGAAUCACAUGCGCACUUUGAAACAAAAAUAUCAAGACAUUAAAAAGCUUAUGAACCUUAGCGGUGUUGGAUGGAAUGACACUGAAAAAAAGUUAGUGCUAGAAGAUGAGACCUAUCGAACAUAUGUGGAGGGACAACCAAAAGCCAAGGAGUAUUUAAACAAGCCUAUACCAUUUUUUGAAGAGCUACGUUUGGUUGCUGGGAUGACCACGCUACUGGUGAUUACUCAUGGACCAUCUUCGACCAAUUUGGUGGUGCGCCAGUUGAGGAUGAGAGUGCACCUCCACCUAAUGCAACAUUGGAAGAUGAACCUAUCGAUACAGGAAAUCAAAGACACAGAGCACAAAGGUCUACUACGAGUCGGACUACUGCUAUGGCUACCCGUGCAAGGAGGACCAAUGGUGAUAAUGUUUCAGGAGAAGACAUUGGAGAAAAGAUAACACAGUUGGUGACAUCAAUAGAUAAGAGUAGAAAGAAGACAUGGAAAGAAAAACUCAGUGAUGCGCUGUGGGACAUGGAUGGUUAUAGUGAUGAUGACAUGGAAAUGGUAUUUAACAAGUUAAUUGACAACAAAAAAGAGGCCGAAAACUUCUACUUGAGGAAGCCAUCUCUCCGAAAAAAAUGGCUUGAUAAUUUCAUUGCUUCCAUAAGAAACUCUAGCCCUUAAGGAGGUCAUCACACUAGGUUGUUCUUUGGAGGUGUGGAUGGCAAGCCUUUCAUGUUGAAGGAAGUUUUAUCAUGAAUGAGACAAUUGUUAUUUUGUUAUGUAUUGAAAGAGUAUUGUAUGGAUUUUAUGUUUGACAUUAUGUAUUGGAGUUUUGUUAUGUUUUUUCUAUGAUUUUUGUGUGAUGUAUUCAUGAACUUAGAUUUUCCUUUUAA